AUGAGGGAAGACGCAGCUAAAGGAGUUUUCCAAAUGGAAAGCCGAUUGAGGAGACUGGGAGUGGGAACUGUCAAGGGGAAAACAGAGGAAAUGGUUGAGGUUGUGCUGGUGAGAUGGAACGAACCAUUCCAGAAAUUAGCAACCUGCGAUGCAGAUGGUGGAAUAUUUGUUUGGAUACAAUACGAAGGCAGAUGGUCUGUGGAGCUCGUGAAUGAUCGUGGGGCACAGGUAAGCGACUUUACGUGGAGCCACGACGGGACUCAAGCACUUAUCUCCUAUAGAGAUGGAUUUGUGCUGGUCGGUUCAGUCAGCGGACAAAGACACUGGUCUUCGGAGAUAAACUUGGAGAGUCAGAUCACCUGUGGCAUAUGGACUCCAGAUGACCAACAGGUCCUGUUUGGCACUGCAGAUGGACAGGUUAUUGUCAUGGACUGCCAUGGCCGAAUGCUGGCCCACGUGCUCCUUCACGAGUCAGAUGGCAUCCUCAACAUGUCCUGGAACUACCCCAGCUUCCUGGUGGAGGACAGCAGCGAGAGCGACACAGACUCUGACGACUAUUCCCCACCACAAGAUGGACCAGCUGCGUAUCCAGUCCCGGUGCAGAACACCAAGCCACUGCUUACUGUCAGCUUCACGUCGGGAGACAUCAGUUUAAUGAACAAUUACGAUGACUUGUCUCCUACUAUCAUCCGCUCAGGGUUGAAAGAUGUGGUGGUACAGUGGUGCACACAAGGAGACCUACUUGCAGUAGCAGGCAUGGAGAAGCAAAACCAGCUGGUCGACCUCAGCAAUGGUUCCCUGUUGAAAAGCGCACUCGUCAAGUUCUACAAUGUGCGUGGGGAACAUAUCUACACUCUGGAGACACCUGUACAGCGUCCCAUCAUCUCGAUCUGUUGGGGUCACAGGGACUCACGCCUGCUGAUGGCUUCUGGACCUGCCCUGUAUGUUGUCAGAGUGGAGCACAGGGUGUCCAGCCUGCAGCUGCUGUGCCAGCAGACCAUCGCCAGCUGUCUGCGGGACGACAAGGAUAUCAGCAAACUGACCCUGCCCCCUCGGCUCUGCUCGUACCUCACCACUGCCUUUAUACCAACAAUCAAGCCUCCUAUCCCAGACCCAAACAAUAUGAGGGAUUUUGUCAGCUACCCAACAGCUGGUAAUGAGCGGCUUCACUGCACGAUGAAGCGGACAGAGGAUGACCCAGAGGUCGGUGGUCCAUGUUAUACUUUGUACUUGGAAUACCUUGGAGGGCUCGUGCCUAUCCUGAAAGGACGUCGUAUCAGCAAGUUGCGGCCAGAGUUUGUCAUCAUGGAUCCUAAAACAGAUGGAAAAGCAGAUGAAAUCUAUGGAAACAGCUUGAUUUCCACUGUGAUUGACAGCUGCAACUGCUCCGACUCCAGUGACAUCGAACUGAGCGACGACUGGGCAGCAAAGAAAUCUCCCAAAAUCAGCCGAGCUAGCAAAUCACCUAAACUCCCCAGAAUCAAUAUAGAAGCUCGCAAAUCUCCAAAGAUGUCACGAGCUGCACAGGAGAUAUCGAGAUCGCCAAGGUUACCAAUAAGGAAACCCUCUAUUGGUUCGCCAAGCCUAACCCGAAGAGAGUUUCCUUUAGAAGAUAUUACUCAGCACAACUACCUUGCUCAGGUCACAUCUAAUAUCUGGGGAACCAAGUUUAAAAUUGUGGGUUUGGCUGCUUUCCUACCAACUAACCUUGGUGCAGUAAUAUAUAAAACCAGUUUGCUGCAUCUGCAGCCCAGGCAAAUGACAAUAUAUCUCCCAGAAGUGCGGAAGAUUUCAAUGGACUACAUUAACAUGCCUGUCUUUAAUCCAAAUGUUUUCAGCGAAGACGAAGAUGAUUUGCCAG